UACGCAUAAUUGGAUGCCCUGCAAAGCCGCCAAUACCCCUGCGCAGGCGCAAAUCACUGUCUGUACGCGUCCGUUCGUUUCCAUGGUUGCCUUUCUUCAGAACUGGAGAAUAACAUUGGUGAGUGUCUUUUGACAUUGUACAAACCAGUCGAUAAUACCAGCGUCUCUCAGCUUUUAACAUUUUCUCUCACGCUAAUAAACUGUCUAAACCGUUUUAGAUAGACAAGCAAACCAUAGUUGUUGCUGGUUGUUGCCUAGGGGAGCAAGAAGCGGUGCAAAGCAAACCCAGUUCAGUAGUCAACAUAAAGUGACACGUUUAAUUAGAGAAUCAAAUGAUAGUAUAGGCUAACGUUAGUUCAUGAGCCAGACACCCUAAAUUCGGCCGUCGGGCACACUUCGUGUGAUGAUGUCUCAUUGUGAUUUUUUUUUUAUGUCCCAGUGUUGUGCGAAAGCAUUGGGAGCUUGCUGUGUGUUAUCGCUCUUUCUUUCUUCCCUAAGUUACCUAUCAACAUGGCUGGCAAAACUUCAAACGUUACAAUUUGUCAACACGUGCGAAAAAUGUGCUACAGAGGUACGGUUAGAUAGUAGUCCUCUGUUAUUUUCAAGGUUCUGAACAAAGUGUUGAGUUUGCUAACUAAUUCUCCACAACAAGUAAAGUUGAAGGCAAUGUCCGCUUCUGACAGCUAACGUUAGCAGCUAAGCCUAAGAAAUGUGUGAAAAUAUCGCGAAUAUUCUAUUCUGAAUAUGUCAUUUAGCUUUUUGAUACAGAGGUUUUUCAAGAAGUGAACAAGCAGCCAUCGGUAAAGUAAACAUCUGUGCACACCUACUGUACUGUAAUGAAAGCAGCAUACUGACAGUGACAGUUCAACUACAACCAAGCUCUCAACUUUUUCCUCAGCACAGCAGUACAAAAUGGAAGGUAAAAAGGGACCUGAGCACGGAAAGACCUAUGUCAGGUUAAAGGAUGAACACAGGAAACCCUGUCCACUAAAACCAGAGGUUGGUUUAAGCCUGUGGGACGCCGCUGAAUCGGACACAGAGAGCUUGGUCCAGGAGAGGGACUAUCAGCUUGAGCUUCAGAGGCGAAUUGGUGUUGAGUCUGGUGACCAGAAAAUGACACAACCCCAAGAGGAAGACACAGAUGGCUCAUGUCUAGAUGAGGGGGAACUUCAUGUCUAUGAUAGUCUUGAGGUAUCAGCACCCAGGCAGAACAAAAAGAACAUCCAGCAGCAGAGCAGAGACAAAGAGGUGUCCAGACAGAUGCACUACGAUGACACCUACGCAGAAUUGCGCUACGAUCCCAACUGGAGGACUAAUCUUGAGGGAGCUCGACAGUUCGACAAGAUGACCCCACCACUUCCCCUCGAGGAAGAAUCCUACAACUCGGAUGAACAAUCUGAGGAGCGCCAUAGAGAGAGAGGACAGGAGCUUUCAGGGAGUGGAGGAUACAGAUACAUAUUUUCCUGCAGUCCAGCUCUUGCAGAGGGUAUGACUCCAGAAAUCACAAGUAACGAACUUCAAUCUAAACACCCCCUAACGUCUUACCACCUCCCCCCACUGCAGAAUCAAGUUAUCAGAGAGGUUUCACCUGCAUUUUCCUACCACCUUCAUCAGAACCAAGUUAUAGGGGAUAGCUUGCCAGAGUCCACCCACCCAAGUCCUGGUGUGCCAUCUGAAAAAGCCAUGGAAAGAAACCCACACCAGAGAGUCAAGGCCAACCGAGGUGUGAGGAAUCCAACCAAUGCCACUGGUGGUGAAAUCCAAGCUAGCUUUCCUGACCUGGAAGACCGUUACAGGGAGACACAUGACAGAAAUUAUAGAGCUUUUCAGAUUUACUACAAUCAAGAGCAGUACGGACAGGCUAGUGGGACAGUGGCCGAGAAACAGUUACAGAAUUCGAUGUCCUCUAAAUCAAAGGGUUCGCGGCACUUGUCCAGCAGAAAGCCAGACAUACCAAGGGAGGACAUCAUUGAACGCAACAGAGUGACACUGGGGAUCAACGCAGCCAAACAGGGCUCGUACCUGAGGGCACAUGCACAACAGAAGGAGGUGAAAUCAGACAGCCAAAAUCAGGUUUGCGAUACUACAGAGGAGAUUACCAUUGGUGGGAACCAGGAGGAGGAAAGCCAAGGGGACAAUUCAGACCCGGAGCUGAGGUGGCUCCAGAAAACCCAGCAACUCAAGGUAACUCAGAUCUCCAAAGAAAAGCAACCUCAGCAGAGAGUGAAUCCCAAACCCCCCAGUGAGAAGAGAAUCCUGGCUCAGGGGGUCAAAGCCAGGCCAAGAGACUGCUACCUGAGCCCCCCCACCGACACCACCAGACCUGCAGCCAGGACCCAGGCUCACUCCCACCACCAACCCCAGCACUCACCCCACCUCCAGGCACUCUGUGACACAGAUUCCCAGUCGAGCAUACUGGACACCCAGCCACACCAGCCCCAAUGCAUCCCCUUAACACAGUCCCCCACCGUCCACCUCAACACCUUGUCCAAGUUCCUCGCUUUUAUGCACUGCAAUCACCAGGACACUGUUCUCACCAUACCCAAGCCCUGUAGUGGCCCCAGCCCCCAAAGGAAGCCACAGUCUAUAGACGGAUACAGCCCUAACGCCAAUGUACCGCUUAGGAACACCAUCCUGGUAAACCCUUACUCCCACCCAGGCCCUCACCCCUGUCCCCAAGACCACGGUUCAUUACAGCUGGCUUUGGUUCCACAGGCUGAUGUGUCUCCACUGUGUCCAGGUCGGGGCUCUCGCAGCAGUCAGUGCUUCCCAGGGAUACCCCCUCUCUGCCAGGGCAGCAGAGAACCACCGCAUCUCUGGCACCAGGAGAACGCCCCAUUGCAGCGUGAAAACCACAUUGUCCUGCAGGAUGAUGAUGAGGAUAGUCACAGGUCUACUUACACCGACGAGACAAAAUACUCCUGCUCCUACACAGUGCUGCCCCCUAUAGGUAAAACAACGAUGGGAGACACUGAGCUAGGCCAUGACAGAGCUGCACAGAGAUUCACCUCCAUGCAGAGAAGCAGCUCUGAGGCCUACCUCGCACAGAUGAGGAGAGAGAAACAACUGAAAGAGAGAGUAAUUUACAAGGCCUACACCCUGAAGGACUAUAAGCAGCUGAAGCAGGACGUUUAUCUUGGAGGCCUUGGGCCUGAUUACACCACCACAGAAAUUACAGCCGAGAAAAUGAGACGACAGAAGCUGUAUUCAAAUGUGAUCCGCGAGCAGAACAAGAAGAUAAGUAGGAUUCCCUUUCUACCAGCCGCCAGGAACGCAGUGGGCAGCAACAACAAGGACAACAUGGUUCCUAGGAGGAAGGCCCUGGAGUACGCCAGGAGCAUCCUGAGGCCCAAGGUAUUGCCCCAGGCCCAGCAGCCCAAGACCAGAGAACCAGAGAGAGCCCAGGGGGCCCUUAGGGGCAACACUCGCCUCCGGGAGGGCCUCGACCUAUCCCAGCUGGCCAUAGUGGAGGCCCUGAGGAAACGGCACGAGCAGGAGAAACAGACUGUGGCCAAUGUGGUGCAUGCCAUCUGACCCAGCACCGGCCCAUUCACUUUACAGCACACUGGAGUCACCCAACUGGAGUCACCCUUAAAGCUGACAUGGCCGUUCGACUUUUGAAGAAACUCAGUAUAUGGACUAUAUAGACAAUAUGGAGGAAUAAGCAGGGGAUUAGUGCAGCAAUCAUUCAUUAAUGCUUGUGUCUAUAACUGCAGUUUGAGGUGUAGCCUGUCUGUUUGUGGUUGAUGACAUAAGCAUUUACUGUAUGAAUUUUUUUUUACAACUAGUGAUGUUGUUAAACAUAGCUUACGUGUUCCUUCAUAUGAUUUGAUGCACUUAAACCAUAGGUAAACAUGGUACUUAUUCAGUACCAUACCGUAAUUUACACUAUAGGCAAACAUAGUACUGUAAUCCCAAACCAAGUGGAUUUUUUUUUAGCUUGCAGUUGAUAAUAAGGUAAUAUAUUGAUGUUUGAAUAAUAUGCAAAUGGUUUGUACACAUUUCAGAUAAAUCAUGCUCUGGCUAUUGAUGAAUCCUCAAGUACUUGAAUAUCUCUCUGCUAAUAUUCUUAACCUUACAAUUGCUCAUGAGUCAUGACCUGAGUGAACAUGACCUGAAAAUGUCUAAUACAGUACAGCUGCUCAAGUCAAUUCAGACAUAACACAUAUGGUUUGUUGUUGUAGUACAAUAUUACACAUAUUAGUACAAUACCACACAUAAUAGUGCAAUAUUACAAUCUGAGAGAACAUGUACACCUAAAGCUUUGUGUAGGUUGUUUGAUGACAAGGAGUAGGCAACUGAGUAAAAAUACUGUGGGUAGACCAUUGGUACAUUUUUUGGGAAACAGUACAGUGUACUCCACCUGUUUUUCUCUGUUGUUUUGAUUGCACUUGACAUUGAAACAUCCUCUGUAAAUUCAACAAUACGUCAUCAAAUCAAAAAGCUUCCGGUACUCUGCUAUAUUGUCUCAUUUUUGGGGGGUACGAGUUGGUAAUUCACUCUUUGGCAUUUUAUCCACAUUUCCAAUUUGUCCCCUUUCACCCUCUCACGCACCUGGUUUCUGCUGUUAAUCUGAAAUAAUCUGCUCUUUUUGUUCCAUGCCUGAUUAGUUUCUCCCUGUAUCCCCCAGUCGCUACUUCACAGAUACAAAUGGGUCAAACAAAGAUGACCCUUUGAAGGCCACCUGAUUAGGGUCUGUAAACUAGUUCUCUGUAGUUUAAAGUGAUAAUUCCCCCCCAAUAAAACAAAAUCUCAAGCACCCCCCAUUUAUUUAAUAGAACCGUCAGAUCAUUAUCAAAGAGCUAUUUACUCCUAUGUAAUAUUUUAAUUAGAUUAUAGUCUCCAUUUAACCCAUCAUGGCAUCUUUGAUGCACUGUGUUUUUAGUGUUAAAGCCUCAGAUGUGUGGGGGUAAUAAUAAAUACUGGACCUAAUGAGAAACACUGCCUAUCCAGACCAACUCUCUUUGCAUCUUUCCCCCCACCCCUCUUUUUCCAUAGAAAUCUAGUUAAUUGAAGGAGUCUCACCACCACACAUGAAGGGGGCUAAAUUAGCAUCCCUUUCUGCCGAUUGGAAUAACCGGGGCAGACGUGCAUGCUUUGAUGUGAGUAGGCGGCGGGCCCCUGAAAAUGAGCUGAUGGCCCCACUAUUAGGUCCAAAUGCAGAUGCAUCCAUGUGUUGCAAAACGCUUAAUCUUUUAAUUGAUCACCUUCCGCACAGCCUAUUCUCUUCAACGCUUUUUAUUUUCUCAGUCAAUCCGCAUUAUCUUUUGAAAAUGACAUGAAUUGCUUUUCAAAGGGUGGGAGAGUGCUGUAUAUCCUGUUUGGAUGUGCCUGUUAAUUUAAACCUUCCAAAUUAAUGGAGAGCUGCCUUGUGGUGCACAUUUAAAUGACUCAAUAAGUUCAACAAUAGCUGGUAUUGAUGAUUUUGGCCUGUGCGUGCAUGCGUACGGUGUGUGCAUUUGUGUGUGAGUGCAUGCGUGCAUUCUUUUAAAGGGCAUUCCAGAUGAAGUGGCCCACAUGUAAAGUGCCAGGUCGCCUAGAGGUUAGAGAGGUGGGCCAGGAACCGGGGGGUUGCCGGAUCGAAUCCCAAUUCUGAUAAGAAAAUCUGGUGGCAAGUGGCGUGCUAGCUCCUGCCAUUGUACCCUUGAGUAAGGCACUUAACACGUAAUCUGCUCCAGGGGCGCACCAUGGCAGACCCUGGCUUCCAACUCCUUGGUGUGUGUGUGUGUUUCCAAACCUUUGGUGUGUCGUGGGUGUUUGUUUCUCGGGGCGUUGAGUUAAAAGAAAAUAGUGAAUACUCAUUAUCUGAAAGGAAAAUUAAUAAGAAAUUAUUUUUCUACUAGAGAUAAUACUUAAAUAAAAAUCUGCCCUUGUUUUUGCACUCAUUGCCAUUGCAGAAGAAAUUAGCGUACUUGCUCACCUGUAGGCCUAAAGGGUAGUGCUGCUGCCAGCUCUCAGUCUCACAUCAGAAUUAGACAUUCAUCCAUGUUUCUCAUAUGUCAAAUGUGUGUGUCUGCAUGCUACUGAUGAGUAUUAUCUAAUGUGAGUAUAUUUUAACAAUGUUUACUAACUGAUUUUGAUCAUAUUCAGAGAAAUUAAAAAUGGGUGUGUUAUGGA